UUUUCUGGAUGAGCCUUGAGUGCACCGAGCCAGUGAGGAAAUUGCGAUGAUUUGCAAAGCAUCUUAAGGACCUGUUUGUGUAUCGUUCCACCAACGGCGGAGACCUUGAAAGAAGAGACGGAGAAGGUGAAAGAGAGCGAAAUGUCUGAGCUACAGAAGGCCCAAGAGCACAAUAUCCGACUGGACAAAGAAAUCCUGGCGUUGCGCAACAGGGUCCGAUUUCUUGACUCGGAGAGAAAAAUAUUCUUGGAACGGGUCGAAAAGCUUGACGAGGAGAUCCCCAAGUAUCAGAAGUCUGAAGAGGAGCGGAGACAUUUAUUAGCUGAGAUGGGUCAAGUCGAAGAGCUUGAAGUCUGCUUGUUGCAGGAUGAAAAGGGAACGGCAAAGGCCGAAGAGGCGAGCGUUUUGGAGGAAGCUAACACAGAUCAUGACGAUAACCACAAAAGGUGCCGCCAAGCCGUCGCAGGCGUCGAGUGCCAGAAGGCGCAGCUCCUGCACAAGCUGCACAAGCUGGAGCAAGAGCACGAGGACUUGGUGGAGCGGAACGAAGAGCUGGAGUCGCUCCUGGGCGAGACGCAGAACCAGACCAAAGACGAGAGGGAGCAGUUUGAGGGCGAGGUGGACGGGCUGCAGAGGAAGAUCUCACGGUUGGAGGCAGAGUUAAGCCAAGCGCAGAAGGAUAAAUCGGGCAUGGCUGACGGCGAAACGGCGAAAGCAGCGGCGGAUUGCCAGGAGGUGCUGAAAACUCACACGGAGAAAGUUGGCAUGCUGGAAAGCAAACUACUGGAGGAGACGGAGUGGAGGAAACAACUAGCAGGUGACCUCGAAGUGACGCAGAAAGCGCUGAAAGAAGAAAAGAAGGAGUUGCACAAUUCGAAAUCGGAACUUCUGCGGCUUUACAGUGAGCUCCAGGUGCUUCGGGGGGCGGCGAAGGAGAGAGAUUUUCUGCACGUGACGCACGAGAAACUGCAGCAGGAGAAUUUGCUGCUGGAAACAAAGGUGUCAGAGCUCUCCCAAGAAUGUGAGCAGUUGAACCGGCUCGUCACAGAAGAGAAAAAAGACGGGGAAAGGUUUCUGACAAGCCGACGGGCGUGCACUGAGCUCAUGGCGAAAGAGCGGGUUUUGGAAGAUCAGAUCCACAGCCAGGAGGAAGAAAGGGAGCAACUGUGUGUUAAGUUGUUAGAGAGCAAUAAGAAAACAGAGGAGCUCGAGAAGCAGGUCAGGAGCAGCCAUGAAGAAAAACAGCUCUUGUGGGAAGAAAACGCUCAGUUACGGAAAGACAUCCUUGCUCUCCGGCACCAGCUCAACACCGACAGCGCGGCGACCGUACGGCCAAAGCACGAGGGCGGCUUUGGGGAGAGUCAGGCCCGCAAGCUGCAGAGUCCCAUGGGGAGCACAGACGGAGACACAAAGCAGGGCCCACCCAGAGAGAGUCUCCUGCAGCAGCAAGAGGAGCUGCAGCAGCUCCGUCAGGACGUGCAGCGGGUUCAGAAUCUGUGCAGCUCCGCCGAGAAGGAGCUGAGGUACGAAAGGGAGAAGAACCUGGAGUUGAAGAAGCACAACAUCCUUCUCCAGCAAGAAAACAUCAAGACCAAAGCUGAACUGCGGCAAGCGCAGCUGAAGCUGUCCGACUCCUCCCAGGCGUGCUCCUCCCUCACCUCCCAGUGGGAGCUCAGCCACCAGAAGGUCAAGGAGCUGGAGCUGGAGCUGCUGAAACAGGCCCAAGCCGCCAAACAGCAAAGCGGCUGGCAAGAGAAACUCGCCCAGGAGAAAGCCAGAGCGACCGAGGCCGAGAAAACGGUUGCGGAUCUGCAGCGGAAGCUGAAGGAAUCCCACCAUCGGGUGCGGCUCUCCGAGACCCACAUCUUGGGGAGAAAGCAACUGGAGGAGGACGUGAAGGAGGCCAGAGAAAAGGAGACGAAGGCCCAGAGACAGUUUCAGGAGGAGCAGCGGAAAAGGAAGCUCCUGGACCAGCAGACAGAAGAACUGCAGCAGCAGCUGAGACACUCGCGGGAGAAAGAGACGCAGCUGGCCAGGACCUUUGCUGAGCUGCAGGUCCAGUGUCAGCAACAGGAGGCCCAGUUGCGGGUCUUGGAAGAAGAGAAGAAAACACUCUCUAAUGAGCAUCUCCACUGCCAGAAGUAUAGUCAGAAGCUCUCGGAGCAGCUCUUGACGUCGCAGCAGGAGAAAGAAACCCUCCACGAAGAGUACGGGAACAUCCUGAAGCAGGUGGACGUGUCUAUCAGGAAGCACAACGAGCGGCAGCUUCGGCACAAGGCCAAACUCCGGCGGGCGAAGGAGACGUUCAUCUACGAAGUGAGGCAGCGGGACGGGCGGAUCCGACACCUUGAAAACGAAGCCAAGUUGUCGAAGAACCAAGCGGAAAAGGACCACGGGCUGAUCAGGCGGGUGACCACCGAGAACGAGAGUUUGCUCCAAGAGAAAAGGAACCUUUUGCAGCAGCUCCAUGACGUCGAAGAAGCCGAGCGGAGCAACAAACAGGUCCUCUCCACCAUCCAGAGCAGAGUGCGGUUUUUGGAUGAAGAAAACAAGCAGCUCCAGGAGCGGACCCUCCAGCUGGCCACUCAGGUUGGAGUCCUAGAGCGCGCGCUGAGGAACAUUCACAGCCACAGCUUGGAAGAACUGAAAAGCCUCGGUUUCUCCGACUGCCAGCUGCAAAGCAAGAUGCUGCCUCUUCCCAACGUAAGGUUCUCGGUGACGGGGCUUUCGGACUCUUGCGGCCUCCUGAAAGCCAUCCAGGAUGGCAGGACUGAGGAUGCCACCGAACGGUCCCUCCUCUCACCGUUGCCUUUCCAGCCGUCGGAGAUUGGCUAUUUAAACGUCACUUCUCCGGGGGAUACCGCAGACGUCCGCAAGGAGGAACCGAGUCAGCCUUCCUGCUGUGAUCACGUCUAGGGGCAAAGAAAGGCUUUUUGAAGAGCACCGCAGAGACCCUGAGAUGUGGCUU